GUUUUCUAAAAUUAAAAAUGCAUGAAAGAAUAGUGGCAGGAUUUAGCAAGUUUGAAUAAGGAAUGCCAAGUGGAAUUUGAAUUCAAGAUAAACAUGAUGGUCAAAAAAUGAGCAAACAGAAAAAGAAUUACCCAGAUCCAGUUUCCGUUAUCCAGAAGUAUGGUGCUGAUGCGCUCAGAGCCAUGUGCGAUAUAUCUAUGCUAGAGCUAAUAUAUCUAUGCUAGAGCCUGGUUGUGGUACUGCCAGAGAAGCAAAGCAGGACGAAGAAGAAAUAGAAUUUCCCUACAAUGAGAACACAGUUAGAAAAAGCCCCAACAUUACGGACCAGUGGAUCCUGUCCUUCAUGCAGCCCCUCAUUGGCUUCUUUGAGACUGAAAUGGCAGCUUAUAGGCUUUACACUGUGGUGCCUCGCCUUGUCAAGUUUGUAGAUAUUCUCACCAAUUGGUAUGUUAGAAUGAACCGCAGAAGAUUAAAGGGUGAAAAUGGGAUGGAAGAUUGUGUCAUGGCCCUAGAAACCUUGUUUAGUGUUCUGCUCUCUCUUUGCAGACUUAUGGCUCCCUACAUGCCUUUUCUCACCGAAUUGACGUACCAGAAUCUAAAGGUGCUGAUUGACCCUAUUUCUGUUCAAGACAAGGACACACUCAGCAUCCACUACCUCAUGCUGCCCCGUGUUCGAUUCCUACCUCUACCACUCAGAGAAGAAUUGAUUGAUAAGAAAACAGAGAGUGCAAUAUCUCGGAUGCAGUCUGUGAUCGAGCUUGGACGAGUGAUCAGAGACCACAAAACUAUUCCCAUAAAGUAUCCUUUGAAAGAAAUUGUGGUUAUCCAUCAAGAUCCAGAAGCUCUUAAAGAUAUCAAGUCUUUGGAGAAGUAUGUCAUUGAGGAAUUGAAUGUUCGAAAAGUUACACUGUCUACAGAUAAAAACAAGUAUGGCAUUCGGCUAAGGGCAGAACCAGAUAACGUGGUCCUGGAGAAGCGUCUGAAGGGAGCGUUUAAGGCAGGGAUGACGUCCAUCAAGCAGCUGAGCAGUGAGGAGCUGGAGCAGUUCCAGAAGACUAGGACCAUUGUUGUGGAAGGCCAUGAAUUGCAUGAUGAAGACAUCCGCCUCAUGUACACCUUUGAUCAGGCCACAGGUGGGACUGCACAGUUUGAAGCACACUCAGAUGCUCAGGUAAAUGAGAUGAUUCCUAAUUUACAAGUCUUUUGUAGAAUGUAUUCUACUCUGCAAUGUGCUGUGUAACAGAAGUGAUGGUGUCAUUAUUGCUACAUCAUAAUCGACAACCUUCAGAAUAAAUAGAAACGUUAACCUUAGCAAAAAUAUGGCAGUUUAUAUUAAGUCAAAAAGCUUUGUGGUUCAUUGUAGAAUUAGUCUUUUGUCAUUCUGACAAACCUAAAGAUCACAGGGGUCAUGGUAUAAGAAAGGCACUUGGAGUUACUGCUGUGAGGCCUUUGAUCCACCUGUUGUGGCCUGAAAAGCUGUGCUGCUCCAAGGGCUUCAUGAUUAUUGAUCUUAUUUAUUAGAAGAGUUGAUAUUAUUUCUUAGAUGUCCGAAAAGCAGAGUCAUGUGAGGGGACUCAAGAGGUGGUUUCAGGGCAUCUCCUGUGAGCAGCACCCUACAAAAAAAGAAACAAAAAGCUGCACACCUUUCUCCAGAGAUGGAGGACUGGCUGGUUUUGAAGAAGUACCUGAAUAAUAAACUAGAUUAAUUUUAUUGCUUUUGCUCAUUUGUGUGAACAAAUAGUGCUGCAUUAAAGAGUCUC